AUGCAUCGAUUUCAAAAAGAUUUUAGUGCUAUUAUUUUGGAUGAAAUAGCACUUGAAGGUUUAGAUGGAAUUACUAUCGAAGCUUUGUGCAAGAGAUUAUCAAACAAUUGUAAUUGGCCCUUAAAACCGGUUGACGAUUCAAUCAAAAAGAUUAUUUGGUCGUUUGUGAUUUGUCUGAAGAACGUAGAAUUUUAUAGACUUGAUAAACCUAGGGAUCCUUUGAUAAUAUUUAAUCGAUUUGAAUAUAUUCAUAGUGAAUUUGGUUCAAUUUAUGAGCCGGAAAAUAUACCACAAGACAUUUAUCCAAAUUGUCCUGUUGAAGAUGGUACAAUUAUGGGAUCUUGUAAAGAAUAUUUUACAAGGUUCAAUCUGGCAUCAUACCCAAGGAAAAUAUCAGUCGAAGAAGCGGAAAAACGAUGGGGCAGAUGUUUAGUUAUAGUCGCCAACCAGGAAGUACGCACAAAAGCUUUAAUUCCAGAAGAUAAACAGUGUACCUUACAAAUAUCACUUCGUUAUUAUUUAAUAUUAGAGAGAAUUGGCCGUUCACGUUAUUUAGGAGAAGCAUCCUUUGGUACUCAUUCAUUAAGAGCUAUUUCUUCAGAUCCUAAAGCAUUAUCUUAUAUGAGAAACCGAUUAACUGAUGAUGGUUUGAUAAAAAAUCAGUCACUUGCUUUUUCUGGACAAGUGGCUAAUCGUAUUGUCAUUUCAAGUUUGAAUCGAUUUUUUGUUAAACGACAAUCUAUGAUUGAUGUAAUGGUAUCAAGAAUUACAGAUUAUUUGAAAUCACAACCUAAUUCAUUAGCUUCAUAUGAUCAAGUGAAAGCUGAAUGCAAUAUUAGUUUAUCAAAAACAUUUAAGCAACCUCAGAUUAAAAAAAUAUGUUAUACCAACUUACUGCUCAAGUAUCGUGAUUUAUAUCCAGAUGCUACUAAAAAUGAAUAUUCAUGUAAGAAUGAACGUAAAAAUGAAAAGGUUGUAAGGUGUAUAAAAUUAAAAAAUAGUGAAGAUACAAAAAAUCCCGACAAAGAACAAGAAAACAAAACUGAUGUCGAAGGUCGUGAGUUUAAACAAGAUUGUACAUUUGAACGUCAGAUUCUUAGAUGGAUUGAAAAACAUGGUGAUGUAGGCGUAACACUUUCUGACAUAUCUCGUGCUUUCAGAUUUACUACUGAUGGUAAUUUAGAAGGAGUUUUAAAAAAACUUACAAAUUUGAACUAUUUAACUAAGAGUUAUUGUGAUCGAGGUAGAACAAAAGCUUUCAGUUAUAUUGCUAAUAAUUAUAAAUCAGUAUAUGAAAAUGAUAAUAUUGAAAUAGAAAAUUUGCUUGUUACAAAAAAUCAAGAACCAAAAUCAGAAAUCAAUGUGAUAAAUGAUAUUUUGAUCAAUACUUCUGUAGAUAACACGAACAAUAUAUCUAUUAAAACAGCUCUCGAACAAACUUCAAUAAAAAUUGAGUAUUGUGAUGAGUCUAGUCAGAAUUUAUACAAUUAUAAUAAUCUAGAGACAGACAAUGAUGUUACUUCAAACAAUACUUUAAUUAACAUUUCGGAUCAAGAUGAAAAUACUAAUCAAAGUGACAUUGAACAAGCAAUUACACGAACAAUGGAACACGAGUAUUGCAAAACAAUGUAUGAAAGGUUGAAUCAAACCGUGAGUUUGACUGAUAGGUUUUAUUUUCGAGAACAAAUCAUAUUCAAUAUGUUGUCUACAGAAAGUAUAACAAGCUUGAUUAAACUAAAAAAACAUAUUAUAGAAACUGAAAAAGAGAAACCAAAGUUUAUUGGAACCCUUGAUAUUAAAACAUUAAUUAAAAUUAUUGGUCAUUUUGAAAAGUUGGGAAAACUUAAAACGGUUCGAUAUCGAAUUACUUAUGAUACAAAAACUGUGAAUCAAUCAUUUGUUGCAACUCCUAAUGUUGAUUUUACGAACCCAGAAGCAAUUUCAUAUAUGAAUAGUUUCUUGAAUAGAUUUAACAACACAAUGAAAGCAUCUAGAGCCGACAAAAAAUGGAACUUAAUAGUAUACAAAUCGCCAGAGCCAAAAAUUAAUAUAUCAGAGCUUAAACUUCCGAGGUUUAUGAAAAUGAGAUCAUUACACGAGUAUCUGUAUUAUUUAGUGUAUGAUCAUCCAGGAGAAAGUUUAUUAAAUGCUUGUAAUGAGACUGAGGCAACUGUCACAAGUUAUCGAAAUGAUAUAAUCCAUGGAGAAAAGGCUGACCUACCAAAAGUUUACUUUCCCUCUGUUGGUUGGAAAAUGUUUGUGCCACCCUUACCAAAAUAUCCAAAAUAUCCUAAUGGUUGGUUUUUUGUGAGUGACAUUAUCCAUCACAUGCCAUUAGAUAUGAUGUUAAAAAUUGUAAAUUUUAACAAAUCUAAGGUAAAUCUAGAAAAACUUGUCACAUAUGCCACACAUCCAGUGUUCAAAUACUUACCCCUGAUGACACUUUCGUCUGAAGUACGUAGCAUGUUAUCUCAAGGAUUAAAAAAACACAUACAACAUACUCUAAAUGCAUUACGCUUACUUUGCACAAUUGGGUUAGUACAGUUUGGUGAGAAAACAUACAAAGAUACUGAAUUGAUCUAUGCAUACUUAAAUAGACGAGCCAGUUUGUUGAAUACUGUAAAAAGUAGCCCCGGCUAUUACAGAAUAUCUGAUAUAGAAUAUGAAAAACGUACUUAUGAAUUUUUCAGCAAUUAUGAAUUAGAAACAUUUUGGUUGGAUACUUGGUACUUUUGUACAAAUACACCAUUAGGUUAUAGGAUUUCAAAUGCUUCAAAUAAACCUAAACGAAGGGAGAUUGCUGAUAAAAGUAAAAUAGCCAUAGAGUUGGCAUGUAUUCCUAGAAGUCCAUUAGAAGCUAUGUCCCAAGAUGAUGGGACAAUACCUGGUGAUAGCAAAGGAGCUGCUGGAUUCGACAGUCAUUUAUUUGCGCAUCUUACACGCAAUUGGAGCUUAAAAAAAAAAUCAUCUGCAAUGUCAGCUUCUAGAAGAAAAACCAAACUUAAUCUUAUAUUAAUGCAGAGAUUAAAAAAACGUAAAGCAAAAGAAAAGAAAAAAGCUCAAAUGACUAAAAAUCAGUUAUUUACAGUGAGAUAUAAGUGGACAUCAGUUGAGAAUCAAGUACUUUUAUUUUGGAAAUUGGGUGCAAUGCUCAUAAAACAGGUUAAAUCGCAUGCGUUUCUGUCUUAUGGUAUUAAAGAAAUGUUCAGAUCAAUAUUUGGAAAAUAUUAUCGUUGUAAAAGUAUCGACAACUAUUUGAGGCGAAUACGGUAUUUGAUGCGACAUUCUUCUAUAGAAACUAAAGUAAAUAUUUUGUACAAGGAGUUGAAGGAUGAUGAAGAAAUACAAGAAUUAUUUAAAAGAGACAUUGAGAAACAACACGAAUUGCACAACACCAAGAAAUACAAGGCGAUGAGGGAUCUUAUUGUUUCAAAUAUUAAACAGUUUAUAGUGUUGUUGCGUGAACGUGGUACGACUAUAGACACUUCAUGCAUACUAAAUAAAAGUAAGAGAUCAACUAGCAUACAACCAGUAGAGGUGGUACAAGAAUCAGAUAUGUGUGAUACAACAACUAGUCAAUUUACACCAGAUGUUCUGGAGAUGGAAUUCAAUUAUUCCGAGCCGAUUUGCAACCAACUGGACUUUGUGCAAGAAAUUGAUUAUAUAUUCACUUUGAAUGAAAUCACCAUAUCAAUUGUCACUUUGCUCAUACACAGCUCGUUGAGCAACAAGAGUACCAACCCGAGGAUCUCAUUAAGUUACUUGCAGGCAUUUAAACAGUACCCGGAUGACGUUUUGAGACAGUCGUUUAACAGCCUCAAGGACCCCGGUAUAAUAACGUGCAGCCAAUACCACAAGGAGUCAUUACAGAUUUUACUAUCCACUUCGCAUAUUAUCCAGUCAAAGACUUAUGAUUACGGUCCAAAGUAUGUACUGUACUGUUACCCAAAAAAAAUUUAA